CUCAACACUAUGACUGAGGCCAUACCAGUACCACUGCAGAAGCUCCGCGGCAAGGUGGCCAUCGUCACCGGCGCCGCCAGCGGCAUCGGAGCAGUCACGGCUCGCCAUUUCGCAAAUCACGGCGCUCUCGCUGUCGUGAUCGCCGACGUGCAAGACGGCAAGGGCCGAGAAGUGGCCGCAUCGAUCGGUUCUAACCGCUGCACCUACGUCCACUGCGACGUUACCGACGAGCACCAGGUCAAAUGCCUAAUUGACUCUACUGUGAAGCUGUACGGCCGCCUCGACGUGAUGUACAGCAACGCGGGAAUAACCCCCCCGUCGGCGCAGACUCUGCUGGAGCUGGACCUGUCCUCGUUUGAUAAGGUGAUGGCGGUGAACGCGCGCGGGAUGGCUGCGUCUGUGAAGCACGCAGCUCGCUCGAUGGUGGAGAAGGGAGUCAGAGGCAGCAUAGUGUGCACAGCGAGCUUUGUGGCGAAUUGCGGGACGGAGAGCUUGACGGACUACACGAUGUCAAAGCACGCAGUGCUGGGGCUGAUGAGGUCGGCGAGCGUGCAGCUGGUGAAGCAUGGGGUGCGCGUGAACUGCGUGUCGCCGGGUAUGGUGGCGACGCCGCUGUUCAGCGAGACUUUCAAGAUCGGGCCAGAGGAAGUGAGUAAGAUGAUGGCGGCAGUUUAUACGGAUGCUGAGAAAUAUGGGCCGGUGAAGGAGAGAGACCUGGCGGAUGCAGUGGUGUUCUUGGCCUCUGAGGACUCGGCGUUGAUCACCGGCCAGAAUUUGGUUGUUGAUGGUGGACAUGGAACCAAGGCCUUAUCACUAUUGAAAUCAUGAUCAACUUGAUUUGUAUUUCAAUGGCAUCCGAGUUUCACCAGAGAUAACAGUACUACUGAAUAACAUCUAUUUCGAGCUAGUCUCAGCUAAAUAGUGAUAAUGCUUUCUGGAAAACCCCUGUAAUAUUACAUGGUGGAAGUUGUCCAAUAAUGAGAGUUUAUCUCUCCGUAAUAGGAAUACAUGAGAGUUUUAUCUCUA